AGCCGGGCUCGAGCCGGAGCUGGGCGCGGGGCGCCAGGAGCCGCGCGGCCUGAGAGACUCUGAGGCUUCAGUAGCCGCGCGAAGGCUGAGGCGACCUCAGAGGUGAAGGCGGUGCCGAUCCUCAAAGCCACAGCCGCAGCCAGCCCAAGCGCAGCAGCGCGGCGGCCACCGCGGGAACCCCCUGGGCCACCGUCCGCCCGCGCAGCCGCCGCCGCCGCGGGAGCCCGUCGCCGGGAGCAGCUGCGGGCGGAGGACAACGGAGGGCCGGAGCGCCCGAGCCGCGCCGCGGGGACCGAGCGAGCAGCCCGAGGCGGCGGCGGCCGAGGACGGGGACGGCGACGACACGGAGAGGGAGCUCCCUGGCCCGGCCCAGCCCCGUCUAGCAGGUAGAGUGCAGUGGAAGCCUCUGUUGCUGCCGUCAUGCCGUUCCCGUUUGGAAAGUCUCACAAAUCUCCGGCAGAUAUUGUGAAGAACCUGAAGGAGAGCAUGGCUGUUUUGGAAAAGCAAGACAUUUCUGACAAAAAAGCAGAAAAGGCUACAGAAGAAGUUUCCAAAAAUUUGGUUGCCAUGAAAGAGAUUCUGUAUGGCACAAAUGAAAAAGAACCGCAGACAGAAGCAGUCGCUCAGCUGGCCCAAGAGCUAUACAAUAGUGGACUCCUGAGCACUCUAGUGGCUGAUUUACAGCUCAUUGACUUUGAGGGCAAAAAAGACGUGGCUCAAAUUUUCAACAAUAUUCUCAGAAGACAAAUUGGUACAAGAACUCCUACUGUUGAAUACAUCUGCACCCAACAGAAUAUUUUGUUCAUGUUAUUGAAAGGGUAUGAAUCUCCAGAAAUAGCUCUCAAUUGUGGAAUAAUGUUAAGAGAAUGCAUCAGACAUGAACCACUUGCAAAAAUCAUUUUAUGGUCGGAACAGUUUUAUGAUUUCUUCAGAUACGUUGAAAUGUCAACAUUUGACAUAGCUUCAGAUGCAUUUGCUACAUUCAAGGAUUUACUCACGAGACAUAAAUUGCUCAGUGCAGAAUUUUUGGAACAGCAUUAUGAUAGAUUUUUUAGUGAAUAUGAGAAGCUACUUCAUUCAGAAAAUUAUGUGACAAAGAGACAGUCACUGAAGCUUCUUGGUGAACUGCUGUUAGACAGACACAACUUCACGAUUAUGACAAAAUACAUCAGUAAACCUGAGAACCUCAAGCUGAUGAUGAACCUCCUCCGAGACAAGAGCCGAAACAUCCAGUUUGAGGCCUUUCACGUGUUCAAGGUAUUUGUGGCCAACCCCAACAAGACCCAGCCUAUCCUGGACAUCCUCCUCAAGAACCAGACCAAACUCAUCGAGUUCCUCAGCAAGUUUCAGAACGACAGGACGGAGGACGAGCAGUUCAACGAUGAGAAGACCUAUUUAGUCAAACAGAUCAGGGAUUUGAAGAGACCAGCUCAGCAAGAAGCCUAAUUUCCAACAAACACCACAAUAUCCCAUCCAACUUCAGCACUUGCUGUUAGCUACUCAGCAUCAGGCACUCUUAUCGAUUCAUGAGGAACAUUACUGCUAAUCUGCUGUUAAGUGAACGGUUUUCAUUUUACCUUUUUGUUUUUCAGUCCAGGUUGGAGAACAUAGCUGCUGCUGCUUGCACAUUAGCACACACGUGGUCUUUCCCUUGAGCUCUGACAUUUCAGAACUCACAGACUCCAUUUGCUACAGGAGUUCUGAACAUGGCUGAGUUCAUGCAGGCAGAUGUAUGAUGAAAGUGGUCUAGGGAAAAGACGUUGAUGACAUCAGCGAUGCUCUGUGCAGAUCUCUGCAGUAUGGACGGGUACACUGGCAUCCCAGAGCCAGAUCAGCCACUGUCGCCGAAGGAACAGGAGGGGAACUGUAUCCAGUGUGAGCUUUGGGGAGGAUAAAGUUGACGUGCAAAUAAAUUGAUACUGAAACUUAGCAGCUUCUCAAGUGUGGAGCUUCAUAAGGUCAUAAGGAAAGUGUAUAUAUGCUUUUCACAGCUUUCUAGAACUUUUUGACAUUUGAUUUUCUUGAGACUUGUGAACCUGGAUGUGUAGAAAGCUAUUUGUUCAUUUUACUUUUGAAGGUAUUUUAAAACAGUAGAGCUAGCAGCAACACCUUACGUUUCAUUUCAAUACUGCUUACAGGUUUCUUUUGUAUAUAAUUCUUAGAAUGCUCAUUUCUUUUAAAUCGUUUAAUUUGUACAGCAGAGGAAUGUUAUUGUAGUAGUAUGUAACUAUUACCUGAGUUUUGCAAAAAAAAAAAAAUGCUCAUAUGUAAUUGAAA